GGACUUCCAUUGUUUUUGUGAAAUGACAUUUCAUUAAGUUAGCACGUUCGCUGCCAUUGACGGCUUGAGAAGUCAAAUAUCUGCGUUCACUCAGAAGGCUGGCGGUGAUUAAUUGGAAAAGUUAAAAUUUGUUUUUGAAAACGCCUGUAUUUAGUUGAAUGGAUGGAGAAAAUUUUCUUUGUUGUUCUUUUAAAAAAACAAACGAACUUCAAGUUCAAUGAGACCUGCAGUUGUCCUGAUGAAAACACUUCAGGUCAGGUCCGACGCGAGUGUCGUUCGUGCAUGCGCGCAGGACCGGGACGCCGCUCGCUCCGGUUGCGUGGAGGCGGUCCGCUGGCUGCUGUCCUUCGGGGGCUCGGCGUUGGACCAAGUCAAAACCGGCUCACUACGCCGCCUUCAACGGAGACCUCGCUUGCGCGGAGCUGCUUCUCGGCCACGGCCCGCAAUGACCCACAGCGACGUGGACCCCUCCUGCCGAGACCGGGCCGGUGCCACGCCGCUGCAUUUCGCCGCCAGCAGGGGGCACUGCGGUGUCUUGGAGCGGCUGCUCGAGAUGGAGUGCUGCGAACGGCUGCUGGCCGGCCGGGCUGAUCCCUCUGACGGGUUCACCCCCGCCCACCUGGCCCACUACAACGGACACCGCCGGUGCGCCAGAUACCUGCGAGCCCGGCACAACAAUAAAGACGGCAAGAAGAGGACCGUCGACGUCAUGGACACCCCAAAGCAACCCGAGAGCGAGGAGACGGCGGCAGCGGCGGUGGCGGCCAUGUACCCUCAACCUCCCAAGAGUCUCAUCCCGCACGUCGAGAAAGUCCAAACCGCCGCUUCUGUGAUUAAAAGUUUACAACCGCCAAAGAGGACGCCGCCCGACGCCAACAACCUCCUCGCCGACAGGAAGCUCCUCGGGGACAUGAAGCCCAUCGCCUCGCUGAAGCAGUCCUCCCUUUCGAUUGUCUUCACUGGACAAGCCAGCAAAAUUGUGGUGCUGCCCAGCGAGGAGGCCAACCUGGUGGACAUGGACUAUCUGGUGCCCAGCCACGACGAGAAGGGUCGGCCCAUCGCCGAGUGGAAGCGGCAGGUGAUGGUGAGGCAGCUGCAGGCCCGACUGCUGGACGAGGAGGACCAGAGGUGGAGGGAGAACGGCCAGCGCCCGUCCAAAGUCAACUGGCGCUACUCGCAGGCCCACAACGCCAUCCUGGGCCCGUCGGGCGAGCUCCUGACCGAGCACGACCUGCUCUACCUGGAGGAGCAGAUCGCCAGCGUGUCCCUGCGCCGCCACGCCGGCGAGGGCUACGAAGCGGAGCUGGCGCGGCUGGCCGACGAGCUGCGCCAGAUCCUGCCGGCGCCCAUCGUCAACAUCAGCGCCCGCGCCCGCUUCGCCGACCCGGCCGGACGCCCGCCGCUGCUGCCCGGCUGGUGCGGCCGCAUCUCGGGCAUCGUCAAGAGCAUGUCGCUGCUCACGAGCGACGUGGCCGAGCAGGCGCACUGCAAGAUGGCCGACGGGCAGCUGGCCGGCGUCUUCUCGCAGGCGCCCGAGCGGCGGGCCUCCGCGCGGGGCCGCCGCCAGAGGAUCGAAGAGGAGAUCCGGCGCUUCGGCGUGUCGGUGAGGACGCUCAAGUCCAAUUUCGAGACGCAAAACGAGCCGGAGGACGCAGACGGAUCCUCGUCUGCCUCGACUCCAGCUCCGGAACCCGAGGAGGGGAAGACGGUGGCGGGCGCCAGCCUCCGGAAGGAGCGCAUUGUGGUGCUCUUCCUGGGACACUGGAAGAAGUCGGCCUACGCCGUCGCGCUCAAGAGCAAGGACGCCGCCGAGAGGAAGAAGAGCCGGGCCGAGAUGAUGAGCGGCUCCCUGGGCCACUUCUUCAAGCAGAGGAGCGCCGUCAACAAGAUGCUGGGCAACUGGAGGCGGAUGAUCUCCAGCGUGCCUUCGCGACAGAUACGACGGCUCCACAGGCAGCAAGUCCUCUACUCCCCGGAGCAGUUCCUCCCCCGCGUGGACGGAGCGCCGCUGGAGUACGACAAGCUGACGCUGGACCUCUUCAUGCUGGGCUACUUCCACAUCCUGGAGCAGGACCUGCCGGUGGACGAGCGCAAGAUGAGGCACCUGCUGUGCUUCGAAGUCUUCGACCGCGUGGGCGGUUUCCCCUGGGAGCUGGUGCGCGACUUCCACAAGGCCGUCGUCCGCGACAUCGAGGCCGGCGACCGCGAGUGGAAGGACGGCUUCGAUGACCUCAAGCUCAAGUUCUUCAGCCGGGCGGCCGCCGCGUCCGAGGAGGGCGAGCCGGAGGCGGAGGCGCGCCGGCUUCCGGGGAGUCGACCGCUGCCGAAAGUCAUCGUGCAGACGCCCACGCCGGACGAGGGCUCGGACUACGCCGGGACCGACAUCUCCAGUUUCAGCAACGAGGAGAUCUGCCAAUACAUCGACCGCAGUUUUGCUUUUUGGAAAGAGAAAGAGGCGGAAAUCUUUGAUUUUGAGUAGUUUAUCCAGGCUGUGUGCACCUUUAUGGCCACUUGAGGACACCGUACAACGCGUCUAAACUGACAUUACAGUGAACCCCCGUUUAUCGUGGGCUUUACGCAAUGCACAGAGACAAACUUUUACCUCUCAAACAAAUUUCAACUUCUUAAAUCACACUUCUUCUUCUUUUCCUUUCGGCUUGUCCCGUCAGGGGUCGCCACAGCGUGUCACCUUUUUACAUGUAAGCCUAUCUCGUGCGUCCUCCUCUCUAACACCCGCUGCCCUCAUGUCCUCGGCGAACAUCAUAGUCCAAGGGGAUUCCAGUCUCACCUCGUCUGUCAGCCUUAUCCAUUACUGCCGCAAACAGGAAGGGGCCCGGCGCGGAUCCCCGAUGCAGUCCCACCUCCACCUUAAAUUCGUCAGACACACCAACGGCACACCUCACCGCUGUUCUGCUGCCGUCAUACAUGUCCUGUACUAUUCUAACAUAUUUCUCCGCCACACCAGACUUGCGCAUGCAGUACUACAGUUCCUCUCUUGGUACUCUGUCACAGGCAACUUUUAAAGUAUUCCUCAGCACCUCUUUUCAUGCUAACAUAUGACGGCAAACGCAAUCGACGGCCUAACACAGAGCAGCAACACUUACAAACCGACCUCACACCGGACCACGGGAAUAUCUGGAAUUGGCUUUUAACAAAAAGAACAUUAAAAAAAGCAAUUAAAAAAAUAAGAAAGUUGGCCAAUUUGUCUUUUUGGAUCAGGGAACUGAGAUUUAGCUCUAAUCAGACUGCAGAUCGUGAUUACAUUUUUGGUAAAUAUGCGAACGCUGGACAAUAUGCUAUCGUCAUUAACAUGAGAGCUAAUCUGAUGUGGAACCAUCCAGAAUCAACACCGGCGCUCACACGAAUGCCGGCGCUACGACUCCCGCGGUCAUCACAGGCUCGAGUACAGACGGCGGCGCAGCUCGACGAGGACGCCGUUCGUCUUGUCGUGCUGAGGGUUUGUUUACCGUUCUCGGUGUUGAUUGAGGAGCCGACUUUCGCGUUUUUUCUCAAAACACGCCGCCAAACAAAAAUGUCAUCAAAAAUGAUGCUUUCGUUUUGUUUUGUUGGUGGAGAGAUUUGAGCUUUGAAAAAAAUCCCUGCUGCGAAUACCGUAAUUUCUGUCCUAUAAGCCGCGACUUUUUUCACGCGCUUUCAAUCCUGGGGUUAAUUUCUGCGUUUUUUCUCUAACGGCCGCAAGGGGGCACUCGAGCGGAAAAGGUAAGAGUGAGACCGGUGGAAUAUAUGUGCCGAGGAAGUGACUUUUACCGGUCUGGCCCUGUUAGCGCUGCGCUAUCGUGUUACUGGCGUGUCUCAGUGAUUUUUACUAGUAUGUUUUCUUUAGCCGGCCCUGCUACCGUUAGCCGGGCAGUGUUAGCAUUAGCACGGCGGUGCUAGCGUUAGUGUUAGCGCGGCGCCAUUAGUAUUAGCGUGGGGCCGCUAGUGUUAGCGCUGCGGCGCGAGCUUUAAACUCUGUGUACUGUCUUUCUUUUUAAAUAUCUCGUGUUUCCAUGUGGGCACUUGCGGCUUUUACUCGGCUGGGGCCUAGGUAUGUACCAAAUGGUAUUUCCUUUACAAAUAUACUGGGUGAGGCUUAUAACCCGGUGCGCUCUGUAGGCCGGGAAUUACGCUAAUUCAUUCCCAUCCCAACAAAGAUAGUAAUUGCUUAUUGAUGCCACACGAUGGCAGCAAUAUACUUUUUUUCUCUACCUACAAACUUGACUCCUCCCCUCAGUCCAACAUAGUUUCUUGGUACCAAGUUGCCACCAGGCGGCGCCAAAGCAGCAUUUUUAUAUUCAACACGGCUUUGGCCUGAAGAAUAAAUUUGCCAAUGUUGACCUGCGAAUACACGGGGGUUCACCGUAAUACUUUGCUGAAGAUUUUCGGUUUGUAAAGUGUAGAUUGGGCGGUUUUAUUAUUGCGCUUGAUCUAGAAGCGAGUGUUCUUCCGCUUAAUUUUAGCCGCUUGUUUUUCAUGCAGAGAGACAAUAAAUCAACAAAUGUCCACGUGCGAGCCGUGGCGUCGUUCGCCUUUUCGGUCAUCCGAGCUGCCCCGCGACGUGUCCGUGUGUGUGUGGCAGCAGCUGCACAUUGUUUGGAAUCUGACAUCAGCCCCCGAGCGUCACUUGUCAGUGGCAGCCCAAAAUAAACCAAAGGCAAGACUACGCGAGGCUGCCAGCGUCCCAGCUACCGGGCACAAAAGUUCCCCUUUCUCGCCGAUUCCCCAAACAAAAAAAAAAAAAAAGGCCGGUUCUGUCGCAGGAUGCGUCGCCCCGGUGAGUCUGUUUACUAUUUCACGAUGGAAAGCUUGGUUUUAUUUUUUAUUUUUUAGCAGGCUUUGGGGCCUGGGGACUUGUGGUAGCGGUGUCGCUAACUCUCGCUAAUGGGUUCAGUUGAGACAUUAACCGUGAAGCCGAUUAUCGCAGGGAUACGUUUCACACCCACUUGUGACAGGUGAAAAUCUGUAAUGGCUUCUUUUUAGUUUUACCCCCGCCCACGCGUUCCAAACACGUCUCAAUCUUAUUAAAAGACUUUUUUGGAAGUAUUCCUUUGCCCCCGUUAUCACUCUCUCCUUCAUAAGAAAUGACAUUUACUUAGAGCAGUGGUUCCCAAAGUCAACCUGGGCCCGGACCCCCAGUGAGUCGUUCAAAAAGCUCCCGGACCCCCAACCUCAAUAACGUCGUGCUGGACGCAGCUAUGCCAUUCUGGUACAAAGAAAUCCUCAAUUUUAGUGGCUGACGUGCUCUUGCCUUUUAUUUUUGCACAAUAAAUCAAAACCUGGUUCAACACUGGAAAGGGCAAUUGUCACAUCAUGAUUAGCUUCCAGACGAUUUUGGUUUUUUCGUCUUCACGUCACGGACCCCCUGGAAAGACGUUUUUCCACCCCCUGGGGGUCCGUGGACCCCACUGACUUAGAGGAAACCAAAAAGACUCUCUCGCUCAAACAGUUUUCCAAAUAAGAGGAAAAUUGUUCAUCUAAACAAAAAUGCUCAACCAAACCGCGUCAUUGACUUGAACAAACGUUUGCUAGCUUAACGCAAACAUACGUGGAGUCCUCAGGUUAAGACUGUCUCGACCUAAGACGUUUCGACUUUACAACGCCCGUCCGCCAUUUUGUCUGGCUAAGCUAACCCUGUGUCUUUUAGCAAUGCUUCUGCAACCAAAAGAAAAUCCAUAACCAUGGAAACAGAGCUCAAGAUCAUAAAAAGAUCGGAGGAAGGAGAGAAACCAACACCACCAAGGCUUCAGUCGGUCGACAGUGGUGACAAUUCUUAAAGACAAAGCCCGUAUUUUAGCGCAAGUGAAGAGUUCCGUUGUUCCUAUGUCGGGUACAAUGAUCACAAAACAAGGUUCUUUGAUACUUGUCCAGAUGGAGAGGAUUGAGGACCAGGUUCCUUAGCAAUAGCUAAGCACUGCCUCCCCUUCUUCUGUAUUUUGAUGUAAAUUCCGACUUGAAUGGUGGAAUCCAACUUAUGUCGAAAUCCGAGUUAAGUCGCGACUGUAGGAACUGAUCCCAGUCGUAGACCGAGGACUCCCUGUGAUGCGAAAUGCCGUAGAGC